UACAUAGAAAAAAAUAGGGGUGAGUGGCAUAGCCGCCGUGGAGUAAAAAUCCGGUGGCCCCAAGCUGAAUCAAUUCCCAUCCCAGAGAGAAGAGAAGAGAAAGAGAAGGCAAGAUUGAGCAGAGAGAUAUGGGAGAGGAAGAUGGAGCAUUCAAUCACAAGAAACAAACACUGAUCGAUGAAAUAUCCGCUAAGAUCAUCCAUGGUGAUCUCCUCACCAAGAUUCACGCUGCAAGGGAGAUUAGGAGUAUGAUUCGAAAUCGAAAUUCCUCCGUCAACAUCCGUGCCAAGUUCGCUGCUGCCGGCGUUAUACAGCCGCUUAUUCUCAUGCUCUACUCCAGAAACUACGACGCUCGCCAAGUUUCCCUACUUGCCCUCCUCAAUCUUGCUUCUAGAAACGAAAGAAACAAAGAACAAAUAGUGACCUGUGGUGCUAUCCCACCUCUUGUGGAGCUUCUCAAGUUCCAGAACUGCAGUGCCUUGAGGGAAUUAGCCACUGCUGCAAUUUUGACGUUAUCAGCGGCCCCACCCAACAAACAGACCAUAGCAAACUCCGGAGUGAUACCGCUACUGGUCCAAAUCCUCAGCUGUGGAAGUGUUCAAGGAAGGGUUGAUGCUGUUACUGCCCUUUAUAACCUCCUGGCCUCGAAAGAAGAGCCGACUAUUGUUUCUGAUGCUAAAGCAGUCCCUCCUCUCAUCAACCUCCUCAAAGAAUGCAAAAAAUCAUCCAAAUUUGCUGAAAAAACCACAGCCUUGAUCGAAAUCCUCUCGAAUUCUGAAGAAGGAAGAUUUGCUAUCACAAACUCUGAGGAUGGGAUACUAACAUUAGUAGAGACGAUUGAAGAUGGAUCUCUAGUUAGCACCGAACAUGCAGUCAGUGCUUUACUUGCAUUAUGCCUAAGCUGCAGAAGUAAAUACAGGGAACUCAUUUUGAAUGAAGGUGCGAUUCCUGGGCUGUUACGAUUAACCGUGUAUGGGACCAACGAAGCGCAGGACAAGGCUAGGACACUAUUGGACUUACUCAGGGAUAGUCCUCCAGAAAAGAGACUGAGCUCAUCUGUUUUGGAGAAGAUUGUGUAUGAUAUCGCAGCAAGGGUUGAUGGCUCCGAGAAAACAACAGAAACUGCAAAAGGUUUACUGCAAGAUAUGGUUCAAAGAAGCAUGGAUCUUAGCACGAAUGAAAUCCAGAUCAAGGCUUCAUCUUCGUCCACAUAAAGCUCAUAGCAUAGAGUUACUAUUCUAGGAAGUAUUUGAGGUAUUCUUUACAGAGCCCUGGAAAAAACCAAGGUGAUUUUAACUAACCUUACAGGGGAUUGUAAAUCUUUCAUAAAAAAAGGUUUGGAGAAAGCCCUGUUACUUGUAUAUUUUCCUCAACUUCUAGUGUAGUUGUGAAAUGAAAAUUUUGAACAAUGUAGCUUUAAUGGGAGCAUAAACGUGCGAUAUCCCAUUUUGACAAAUUAGUGUUAUUUAUACGUGGCACCCAGAAAUUACACAAAGUUUUAAAA